AUGACGAGGAUAUAUUUCAUAGCCGUUGCUGCUUUGGCUUUGCUCCAGCAGGUGUCCGCUGAUUAUGAAGUAUGGGCCGUAGAUCAAUCCAACUCUGUUGCUGGUGAAUCUGCUUUGGGCGUCAAAGGAAGUUUCCUGUGGGUUUUCAGUUCUGAUGAGAUUGAAAAACAGGUUGAGGGACUCACUGAACAAGCGAAAAGCGAGCCUUGUACACCAGAUGCUACUGAGGGACCUUGUGAUCUUCUGGAAAUAUUCCCUCAAGACUUGACAGCUUCUUUUGCUAAUGGCACUACAGCAGGAGAACUUCGCGAUUUGGACAGCUUUGCAAGAUUCCAUUACGCGAGACCUGAUGCAAGCAACAACUAUGUUUUAAUAAACAUGUUUAUGCCCGGCGGUGGAUAUAUCGGUGUUGUGGAUUCACGCACAAAAGAAGCGGUUGCUCUCUUCCGGGUGACCAAGUUCCAAUACGCCACUGACGGCGCUGGUAGUACUGCUGAAACGCGUUCUGUACACAUGAGCGACUGGGGUGGCGUCGACAGUUCCUACAUCAUGAUCAAUAAUCUGCACGGCAAAGCUGUAGAGCGCAUCAACGUGUUGCGUGACGAGAACGGUGAUAUAACAGGACUCGACUUCGAUCGUAGCGCCUCACUUGGUCUGGGAUCAAAGAUGAAAGUUUCUGAGGAGGCUACUGUAUUCUCUGGUUCCAAUGUCUUCGGUAAUGCAUUGAUUGGUUCCAUCAUUGGUGACUACGCCGAUGCCGACCUAAGCGACGCCACACCCAAUGGGUACUGCAAAGAGAAUGGCUGUAGUGAUCUUGCCAAUGGAGGCGCUGGCGGACGAGGAAAAAAUAUGCCUAUCUGCACUCUUACAAGCGCCAACAACUUUGUGUAUAUUACACUAGCCGGCGGUGGACUAUUCGUGGCGGAUAUCUCUGAGACUCCGCUUAAAAUAGUCGCUGAGUACGGUAAGGAAGUAAUCUAUGGUGCUGGUUUGUGCGGUGUGGCCACCCCUGACGGCCAGGUGUUUGUGAAUUCUGGAGUGUCGGCAUCAGCUGCUGGUAAGGAUCAGUCUAUGUUUGCCGUUUGGAGCUUUGAUGAUGAAGCAUACGUAGAUGCUGACAGUCUCUGUGAGAACGACCCCAUGCCAACUCUUGUAUACCAAGACGAAGCGACCAACACUAAAACUGGUGGUAACACUAUGGGAGCUGAUGUAGCGGACACCACCGGCCAACUUCCAGGGCAAAGCACGCGCAGAGACUCUCAUGGUAUGGCUGUGUCUGUCGAUGGCAACUACGUACAGGGUGUCGAUCGUAUUCAGAACGUAAUAGAAGUGUUUGACGUAUUUUCACUGGAGAAAACCACUUACGAUCUGACCUCUGAAGGUGGUGAAGACAGAUAUGACGGUGAAGCGGGUGCGUGCUUAGCGAAGUCGGUAGAUGAUGAUUCUGGUCUUCCGGCCAACGAUCCUGCACCUGAUCCCAUCUCAACCACACCCGAUGGCAAAUACAUGGUCGUUGGUUUAAGAGGGCCUGCGCCUGUAACUGUGAACCAUGCUGCUCAAGGGAGUUGUCCUGGCGUCGGUAUCGUUCAGCCUACUAAGGAUGGUAAGGGCGGUAAGCUCAUCAGUGUUAUUCGUACUAGUAACACAAUUGAAGAUACUUUAGAGACUGUGCCGGCUCCAGGAGGCCACGAGUACACGGGCAAGGAGCGGAGUGAUAUCCACGGAAUUCUUGUUGUCAACAGAGACAGUAACAAAGGUGCCAACUAA